CAGAUAUCCACGCAUUUCUCCAGUGUAGAUUAGUUCGCGCCUCCUCUCAGCCUUCGGACCACAAUCGAUUGGUUUUCUUCCGGGGAAUUAAAUCGUGCUUGAGCAGUACGAAUAUCAGGGGUUUCUGAGAUAUUCUACAUUGUCUUUUCAUCCUUUUUUUCUCCCCCCACCUUUUCCUUGUUUACGCACGCCAUGGAUGUCCCUGAGCCCGAACAGACUCCGUUCACCGCGGUGACUGCACAGACAUCGAAGCUCGCCAGAAAAUAUCAAACCCUUCUCGAUGCCUCGACGCCGUUCACUGCUUACCGCUGGAUCGGCACCGUCGUCCUUCUCAUUAUCUUCUUCCUAAGGAUCAUCCUAGCUCAGGGCUGGUACAUCGUCGCCUACACUCUCGGCAUCUACCUUCUGAACCUCUUCCUUCUCUUCCUUCAACCCAAGUUCGACCCUUCUCUCACUCAAGACGAAGGUCUCGAGGACGGCGACGCAGCUGCAUCCCUCCCCACCAAGCAGGACGACGAGUUCCGUCCGUUCAUCCGCCGUCUGCCGGAGUUCAAGUUCUGGGAGAGUGCCACUCGUGCCAUUGCCAUUGGGUUUAUCUGCAGCUGGUUCUCCGUCUUUGAUAUCCCCGUCUUCUGGCCUGUGCUCGUUGUGUACUGGAUUAUUCUGUUUGUUUUGACCAUGCGCCGACAGAUCCAGCAUAUGAUUAAGUACCGCUACGUGCCUUUCUCCUUCGGCAAGACUAAGUACGGACGGUCAUAAAAAUGGGAUUGCAUAGUCCGUUUCCCCAUGAUGAUUCUCGUGUUCGAUUGGGCGGGGCACUGCAGACCUGGCUUCUGCAUGUCUUUCCAGCUCGUCUCACUUUUUAAUUCGUCUAUUCUUGACAUGAUUAACGUGAUCUUGACCAAGCCGAAAAGCGGAUUGGAAAACAAAGGAAGAGGAUCCUGAUAUUAAUUAUUGACGAAUGACUGUUCAUGUGGUCGCCUUCAUGAACUGAUGUUUUCAUGUACAGAGUUAUAGUCUGCUUUUUUAUUCUCCUUCCUUUCCAUGUUUUUAAAACACUUAUUAUAUAUUUGUGGUUCUAGAUUGUGGCUGUAGUAUAAUUUUGCGCCAAUAGACCGAGAUGCUGCAUAUUCCUAUCUACUGUCAUAUAUAAAAAAGUCGAGGUCUGAUAAAGCCACCGUUAGCAAUCAUGCCUUGCAACAAGUCUAUUAUGGUCCAGUAUACAAAAUUACACCGUCUUUUAUUUCGAAUAUCAAUAGAAUGCCAAAAGAAAAAAGACCAGGUACUUUAAGGAGAAUCUCC